GAUCAAUUGCUCAUUAGCAUAAUGGGCGUGGCAUGAGGGUGACGUCACCUCGCGAGUUCGGCACGCCGGCUCUUCGGUGGUUUCGGGUUCGUCGUCCCGUGCGUGUCUCGCAUUUAUUACUUUACGUUAACUUCGCCAUAAUUAAAGUGACGGCGAUUCCCGGCCGUCGGUGGCUGCGUGUGUGAACCUCGUCAAGGAGUUUCGUUACGGAAGUCGGAGAGGCCCGGUUACCGUGGACGGAUUGAGAGCGACUCCCGCGGGGUCCCGGGGAGACCGUCCUCGACUAGUUUCCCUGCCGGGGGGAGACGCCUCACCUCCCGCCGGGACUGCCCGCGCCGAAGCAGCGAUUUUAUCCACUGCUGGAUGAGAGCCUCCCACGCCGUGCGGCUCGUCAGGGUAAUUUUAUCAUACUUCACCGGACUGGGACCAUGUCCUCGGCCACACACUCGUGCGUCAUCUGCGGCGAGGUGGGGCUGUCGGCGUCCGAGGUGCAGACGCACUUAUUCAUCCACGCCGAGGUCUCCCCCUCGUGCCCAUUCUGCUCCCUGUCGGGCGUCUCCCUCGACGAGCUCCACUUCCACAUCGCCGUGGCGCACACGGAGACGAGCGCGAGCGCUGGCGCGCCCUCGCCGUUGCCUCCGCCGCCGCCACCCGCCAGUCGGGAAAACGGAGCGCGGGGUGGGGCGGAUGGCAGAGAGGCUGACGAUGCGCUGAGUUCGGCUCGACCGGCACCUUCACAAGGCCCCUGGAAGUGUCGCAGUCCCAGCGGCGGCCAAAAGGCAACAUCCUCGCCGGACGGUGCCGACACGGCCGACGGCGCUAAGCCAGUGGUCGCCGCACGAGCCGCGGACUCGACCCGUCCCCGUGGGGAGAAGUACGGGAGCUUCCCGGGCAGGCUCGAGGAAUCCCGGAGUGAACGGUGGCGUUUAGAGGGCGGCGUCUCUGAGCGUGGCCCCAAGGAGGCGGAGGCGGAGGCUCCGAGUCCCUCACGUUGCAGACGAAAAGGCGUGGAGGACGUACGCGUGGAGUGCCCGUUCUGCGGGCUGAAGGAGUCGGGGGAACAGCAGAUCCUGCAGCAUUUGCAAAGUGUCCACGCAGAUGCCAUGGACACUCCUCAGAAGGCCGCGUCACGACCGCCAAGUCAAGGUGGGGAGCGGAACGUGGGCAGGGCCGCGUGUCCGCUUUGCGACGCCACCCUCUGCUCGGAACGGGAGCUGCAGCUGCACGUGGAACAGCAUUUCUCCGGAGGCGAGGCUGGCGUACUGGAGGAUGAACUGCUGGCCGAGGCGCUGCAGAACGAGGAAGUCGUGCGGCGCCAGGAGGAAGACCGGCGAGAGAGCGAGGAGUUCCGUCGCCUGCAGCGCGAGCACGGCAUGGACGGGCGCGGGGGCUUCGCGCGCCAGGCCCAGCGCAGCCUGGAGAGAGACAUGGAGCGCGGCGUCAUCUCCCCGCUGGAGCUCCACGAGCGCCGGGCGCAGCUCCUGGAGGGCCUCGCCGACGGCCGCGACAACGGCAACACUCGCACCGCCGGCCUCACGGCGGCGCUCGCACGUGUCUACGGCACGGGCGCGGCGGUGCGGGACGUGGCGUGCGUGUGGCUCGCUGCCGACACGAGCCACUACCGGGGCGAUGGCGGCGACCGGGGCUGGGGCUGCGGCUACAGGAACCUGCAGAUGCUCAUGUCGAGCCUGGCGCGACUCGACCGCUUCAGCUUCCUGGGGCUGCAAGGCGGCGCCCGGAUGCCGGGAAUCCCGCGGCUGCAGGCGCUGGUGGAGGAGGCGUGGGAGCAGGGCUUCGACCCGCAGGGGGCCUCCAACUUCGCCGGGAAGCUGCGGGGCACGCGCGCCUGGAUCGGCGCCACGGAGCUCUACGCCCUGCUCACCUCGCAGCGAGUGCGCUGUCGUGUCGUCGACUUCCACCGCGCCACGGGGGAGGGCGGCACCCACCCGCUGCUCUUCGCGUGGGUCACGGAUUACUUCCGGGGCAGGGGUCAUGAGAGGGCACCCCCGCCGGGUCAGCUCGUGGUGUCCACUCGGCUGCCUCCGCUCUACCUGCAGCAUCAGGGUCACAGCCGCACGGUGGUGGGGCUGGAGGAGAGGCGAGAUGGCACUGUGUGGCUGCUAAUCUUCGACCCGGCGCACAGCGCGCAGACAACGGACCGGCUACUCCGUGCCGCCACCGGUAACACCGCCGUGGCCACUGCCGCCGUGGCCACCGCAGCUCUCCGCCCGUUCCGCCGGCCCCUCGGGGCCUUGCGGCACCGCCAAUACCAGGUUCUGGCGGCCGAAACGACGGAGCUCACCGACGCAGAGAGAGAGGUCAGUGCGUACGAGACGCAUAGCCACACCCCCCCCCUCCCCGACAGACAAGAGGGCACGGCCUUAUAGGGGAGUGGGCGGUCAGAGCGGAUGCCCAGGGUGAAACGCUAGGAGGGGUGCCAAAUAUUUAUUCAGUAUAAAACCGGGGUGAUAAAGCUUUACCUUAUUGAGCACCAAAUAGGAUUGUUUUCAUAUCUUUGAAGGGUAACUACACAUUAACACAGAUCUCAAGUCACUUCUGUCACUGUGAGACGCCCUUGCAAACUAUAAACGGUGUUGUUGCCAGGUCGAAAAUAUUCCCCCCCAGCACCCGAUUAGUGCGGCUAAGGUGCUGGCAGUGGUGGACAAAUAUCGGUUGUGGGCCGCUUCGGAGCGUUAAGGCCUCGAUUCUAUCUCAAGCCGUAAGAAACGAGGCUCACCGGGCCGUAGAUUCCUCGCCCCUUUCUCUUUUUUUGUACGCGACAUAAAAGCGUGAAACGUAUAUUUGGUUACCCCUCGCUAAACCGUUGCCAUCUCUCAACAAAUAACAACGCCCAGGGUUACCACCAGCGGAAUAUUUUCAAGGGGCGAUUCGUCACUCGUCGUCGCAGUCCGGUCGCAAAUCACUCCACCGAUUUCUCUCCAUUGCCCGCAUCCCUCGCUGCGCACUCCCAUGCCCGGCACGUACCAAUUAAAAUUCCCUCUCUCUGUGCCAUCGUUGUAUUCUUUGUUCUCCGUACGCAGGCUCGUCGCACGGCUUCCCAGGUUUUCGUGGCCGAGAGGAUUCCCUGAGACACGCUGGUUGGGGGACUGCGUGCCGGCCCGCUCCCUGCCACCCCUACGAGCAGGGGGGGAACCCUCCAACCCUCCCGCCACCACUCGACACAGCCGAGGACGCCUUUGCCUCGCUUUGCUGCAAGAAGUCACGAAAGUUGACGAGACUAAAAUGACGAUGUCAGGAUUUAGGACGGCCGUGGCGUCUGUGGGUAGAUAGCCACAAAUGCAUUGCUGUUUGGAUAUUUGCCGCCUUUGUUCGCCAAACGUGUCUGGUGCCUUUUGUGUAAGGACAGGGUGGUCCAACAUCGUCAAGUUAAGAACAUUACAGUGGCUCGAUUCAUUGCCCUGCAGGUUGGGAGAUCGUCGAUUGAGGAUCGGCCGCCAGGCUGAUGGUGGCAUGAGGUCGCGCUUUCUCACUUAACAGUGGGCCGGGUUAAGGCUGCCAUCUUACACUCAAACAUUACAGUGAGAGCUGCAGAUAUUCACCAAGUCUGCCCAGGGAUUGAUCACAGAAUUUUUUAAAGCUUGCAAUAAAGCGUUUUUAUAUUUUUAAAAUAUA